AUGUGUUUGUAUCCGCGUUUCCGCACCAGAGUGGCAGAGUGGCAGAAUGGCACGGGAUAUGUGUGUUAGCGGUGUACACCGGUGUUAUGUGUAAUGCCGAGAGCAGAACUCGUCAGGGGAAGCACAUUUAUUUAUGUUAUGAGUGGAUUUGUGUCUGUGAGGCGGGUUAGCAGCAGUCUGAGAGGAUGAUUCGCUGGAUCCGUCAACAGCUGGGCGUUGACCCUCCCCAUCAGAGUGACACGCGCACCGUUUACAUUUCAAACAAGUUCCCGCAGCAUGGCCUUUACACUCCUGAGAGGUUUGCAGACAACAGGAUCAUUUCCUCAAAGUACACCAUAUGGAACUUCAUCCCCAAGAAUUUGUUUGAGCAGUUCAGAAGAAUAGCCAAUUUUUAUUUUCUCAUAAUUUUCUUAGUUCAGUUAAUGAUAGACACACCCACUUCACCUAUAACAAGUGGACUUCCUCUGUUUUUUGUCAUCACGGUAACUGCCAUCAAGCAGGGAUAUGAGGACUGGCUGCGACACAAAGCUGACAAUGAAGUUAACGGAGCACCAGUAUUCGUUGUGCGCAGCGGCAGUCUGGUCCAGACCCGAUCCAAGAAUAUCAGAGUAGGAGAUAUCGUGAGAGUAGCCAAAGAUGAGACGUUUCCUGCAGACCUGGUGCUUCUAUCGUCAGACCGUGCAGAGGGGACAUGUCACAUCACCACUACCAGCCUGGAUGGAGAGACUAACCUGAAGACCCACUAUUCAGUGCCAGAAACGGCUGUGUCGCAGUCGGUGUCGCGGCUGGAGUCUCUGCAGGCGGUGGUGGAGUGCCAGCAGCCCGAUGCUGAUUUAUACAGGUUUAUCGGGAGAAUAACUGUGACCCAACAAGGAGAGGAGAUAGUGAGGCCUUUAGGACCAGAGAACCUUCUGCUUCGAGGAGCAAGAUUAAAAAACACCAAAGAGAUAUUUGGUGUGGCGGUCUACACGGGCAUGGAGUCCAAGAUGGCUCUGAACUACAAGUGCAAAUCCCAAAAACGCUCUGCAGUAGAGAAAUCCAUGAAUACAUUUCUUAUCAUCUACUUGGGCAUUCUGCUGUUUGAAGCCAUUCUCAGCACUAUUUUGAAGUAUGCCUGGCAGGCAGAGAAAAAGUGGGACGAGCCUUUUUACAAUGAGAAAACAGACCAAGAGAGAAACAGCAGCCAGAUUUUGAUGUUCAUUUCAGACUUCCUGGCUUUCCUGGUGUUGUACAACUUCAUAAUCCCCAUCUCACUGUACGUGACAGUUGAGCUGCAGAAGUUUCUGGGGUCUUUUUUCAUAUGCUGGGACUUGGAUCUGUACCAUGAGGAGAGCAACCAAAAGGCUCAAGUCAACACAUCAGACCUGAACGAGGAGCUGGGCCAGGUGGAGUAUGUUUUCACUGACAAAACGGGAACUCUCACCGAGAACGAGAUGCAGUUUAGAGAAUGCUCCAUCAACGGCAUCAAAUACCAGGAGAUCAACGGGAAGCUCAUCCCUGAAGGAAUGACGGAAGAUUUCCCAGAUGGAUCUGUGCCUUAUCUGAACAUAGAAGAGGAGUUGUUCCUGAAAGCCGUUUCGCUGUGUCACACAGUGCAGAUCAGUUAUGAUCAAACAGAUGGACUGGGAGAUCCCUUCUCACAUGCCAAUGGCUUUUCGCCACAGAUGGAGUAUUAUGCCUCCUCUCCAGAUGAGAAAGCCCUUGUGGAAGCCACAAAGAGGAUGGGGGUCACGUUCACAGGCAGCAAUGGAGAAAACAUGGAGAUAAAAACAUUUGGCAAAACAGAGAAGUAUAAACUUCUCCACGUUCUUGAGUUUGAUGCAAACCGAAGACGAAUGAGCGUGAUACUGCAGACUCCUUCAGGUGAAAAUGUGCUAUUUAUAAAAGGAGCCGAAUCGGCCAUCCUCCCCUACGCCAAAAGUGGAGAGAUUGAUAAAACCAGAGUCCAUGUGGAUGAGUUUGCCCUGAAGGGUUUGAGGACACUGGUUGUGGCCUGCAGACACUUCAGUGCUGAUGAGUAUAAGGAAGUGGACAGACGGCUCCAUGAAGCCAGAACGGCUCUACAACAGAGAGAGGAAAGGCUGGCUGAGGUCUUCAACUUCAUUGAGAAAGACCUGGAGCUGCUGGGUGCCACUGGGGUGGAGGACAAGCUGCAGGAUAAGGUCCAGGAGACGAUUGAAGCUCUGCGAUUGGCUGGGAUCAAAGUGUGGGUGUUGACUGGUGACAAACAUGAGACAGCGGUCAGCGUGAGUCUCUCGUGCGGUCACUUCCACCGCACUAUGAACAUCCUGGAGCUCAUACAGCAGAAAUCAGACAACGAGUGUGCCGAGCAGCUCCGCAGACUGGACCGGAGGAUCAAAGAGGAUCAUGUGAUUCAGCACGGGCUGGUGGUGGACGGGGCCAGUUUGUCACUGGCUCUUCGAGAACAUGAGAAGCUCUUCAUGGAGGUGUGUAAGAACUGCUCUGCUGUGCUUUGCUGCAGAAUGGCUCCACUCCAGAAAGCCAAGGUGGUGAGACUGUUUAAGACAUCCCCAGAGAAGCCCAUUACAUUAGCUAUUGGGGAUGGAGCCAAUGAUGUCAGUAUGAUACAAGAGGCUCAUGUUGGUAUCGGUAUCAUGGGAAAAGAAGGAAGACAAGCUGUAAGAAACAGCGACUAUGCAUUCGCAAGGUUCAAAUUCCUUGCCAAAUUGCUGCUCGUUCACGGCCAUUUCUACUACAUUAGAAUAGCAACCCUUGUGCAAUACUUUUUCUACAAGAAUGUGUGCUUUAUCACUCCCCAGUUUUUAUACCAGUUCUUCUGUUUGUUCUCACAACAAACCCUUUAUGACAGCGUGUAUCUGACGCUGUAUAAUAUCUGCUUCACUUCUCUGCCCAUACUGGUGUACAGUCUGUUUGAGCAGCUCGUUCACCCACAUGUGCUGCAGAGCAAACCAGCACUUUACAGAGACAUCAGUAAAAACUCCCUGCUGUCCUUCAAAACCUUUUUGUACUGGACGCUCCUGGGCUUCUGCCAUGCCUUCAUCUUCUUCUUUGGGUCCUAUAUCCUGAUGGGAGAAGACACCACGCUGAUGGGAAACGGACAGAUGUUCGGAAACUGGACUUUUGGCACUUUAGUUUUCACUGUGAUGGUUAUUACUGUUACACUAAAGCUGGCCUUAGAGACACAGUUCUGGUCAUGGAUGAAUCACUUUGUUACAUGGGGAUCCAUCGCCUUCUACUUCAUCUUCUCCUUAUUUUAUGGUGGCAUCAUCUGGCCGUUUCUUCACACACAGGACAUGUACUUCGUCUUCGUCCAGCUGUUGUCCAGCGGCUCGGCCUGGUUUGCCAUUAUCAUCAUUAUUAUCACGUGUCUGUUUCCUGAUGUCAUCAAGAAAGUCUUUUGCAGACACCUGCAGCCAACCAGCACUCAGAAAUCUCAGUUUAUUGAGGCCUACCAGGGCAUCGGAUGUUUGGACUCCAUGUGCUGUUUCUCAGAGGGACAAAAUGCCUGCUCACGGCUGGGCCGGCUGGUGGAGCGAAUGAUUGGCCGCUGUGACCCAGCUCGGGCCACCAGAUCAUGGAGUGACUCCGAUACCUUCUUCUCCAAUGACCGGAGCGUCCUGACACUCUCACCCAUGGAGGUCUCUCAUUGUUAAUGCUAUGAAGAAACCCCUCACACCAGCCCAGAGGAACUGCUUGUAGAGUCUGGAGACGCCUACUCUUACCCCAUCCUCCUUGUCCAAUCACCAGCCAGACUUUCACAUUUUUAAACCUCUGAUUUCAGAGUAAGUCAUAUCAUAUAUGAUCAUCAACAAGGGAUAAGCAGUGGUCCCUCAAAAAACCAAAGGAUAUGUCUGACUUCUGUGUUUCUGCUGCUAUGGAACUUUACAAAAGGGCCACCAGCUUUCCUGAGGAAAAUUAGUGAGUCUGUUUGAAGCCAUAAUACCCUUUUUGAAUUGCCUGAUUUUUCAAGGUAUUAAAUGUGAGCGCAGUGUAGCGAUCGCACACAAACCUGUAGCCUCCUUUAGAAAACACCCUAAGAUGCCUACCUGUACACCCAAACUCUCUUGGAUUGUACAGAUUAUCAUGAUGCAAGAAUGUUGCAGUGUUUGUGAUGGGAAACUGACGUAUCAUUUUGAACUCACUCACUUUAAACACCAUUAGUCAUGCACCUGUAUAUUAUUUGUUUCCUCAAUCUUGCACACGCUAUAUUAUCAUUUCUAACCAUUGUCAUUAGAUAAUUUAUCAUUGUUGCUGUGUUUGUAUCUCUGUUCAUGUUGCUAACCACUCAUCAGAGCCGUUUUGAUUUUGUUUGUGCGUGCGUGUGUGUGUGUGUAUUUAAUAGCGCUAGAGGGCAUAGUCUGAGUAAAUUGAAUCUACAUUCUACAUGGGACGUGAGUUGUACGUAAAUGCCUGAGCAUUGGGACAACCGUUUUAAACUUACUUAGUUCAGCUAUACUGAAGUUUAUAAUAUCCGACUGCAUGCUAUACUUUGGUCAAUCGGUCUCAAUAAUACUGCAGGCCUAAGGUAACUGGACCUAUAUGCUCCUGUUCUGGCAAGUUCAAAAAUUGUUUUGGGAAUAUUUUUGUUUUUGUUUUAUUUGCAUGGACAGUAACAAUCCACCCUGGAUCUUAAAAUCUGGUGCCGUGACCUAGGUGGCAGUCAGACUUUUGGAUAAAGUAUGGUUGACAUAUUACUCUAUUUUGGUACUUGUUUUUGUUUUUAUACCACUUCUCAUAUCAAUGUACAAACCCGAAACUCAAAUAUUUUGUGUUGAAAUCAGAUGGAGGAAGUGUUUUCCUAUAUAUUGUAUUUAAUUAUAUAGCAACGCAGUUUGCCGCUUGUUUCUCAAAGAGACAUUAGCAAUAAGACUCAAUCUAGACUGGAUAAACCUGAUCUAGCUGUGAUGCCAAUCAUCCAUUUUACAGUUCCAUUUUUCUUUCUGUAAACGUCUGUUUUUCUAAUUGUAUUCUCCUUACAGUGAAUUAUGUUAAAUGCUGAUGUUUAUGAAAGUUCUAUUUACAUAAU